UGGCACAUAAAGCAAACCCCACUGACCACAACAAAUAACAUACCUUUCUUCUCUCGUUAACCCUUGUCUUUUUUUCUCACGAAGUUUAGCAUCAUCUUCUCCUUAACCAGCAAGGAAGUUUUUUCCUACUUAUUGAGAAAGCCCCACAUGGUCCUUAUUUGGGUAAUUUUCACACACAAGCAAUUACAACACAGAGUGAGAAGUGAGGAGUGAGGAGUGAAGAGUGAAGAAUUGAAGAGAAAUGGGUGCUGAUUGGGGACCAGUUAUUAUUGCUGUGGCUUUGUUCAUCCUCUUAUCUCCGGGUUUGUUGUUCCAAUUUCCCGCAAGGUAUAGGGUGGUUGAGUUUGGAAACAUGAGCACUAGUGGGAUCGCAAUUUUGGUUCAUGCCAUCAUUUUCUUCUGCAUACUUACCAUCUUGGUUGUAGCAAUAGGCAUUCACAUACACAUCAAUUGAAUCCUUUGUUCACCUUAUGUAGUCACCACAAAUCUCCACAUAUAUGUUUACGAUUACUUUCUCUCUCUUUUUUUUUUGGCUCCUUUGAUGUAUUAAUUAAUUUCCCUUUGAAGUUUUUCAUCUUGGUUUCUCUUCUGGGGUACUGUGUACCAAAUAUUGUUCAAAAGGGAAAAGGAGAUAUAAAACUAUAGGAAUUAUGCAUGUCUUUUGUUACUUCUUAAUUUCAGUCGACUUCAUUAUUCUUGUUGUGUU